UACCUAUAGUUAUGAGUUAUUGGCGGCUGAACAUCGGAACACGCAGUCCAAGUUCCUGAUACAAUUGAAAUCUUUUUUGAAUACUUGCCAGAGACAUUCGAUGUAUUGAAUUGUAGUGCACGAAGCUUCAAUGCCGCGACACCCGUAUGGACGCGGUGAUGUAUGUACCCGAUUGGCCUUUUGCUUUGUUACAUUACAAAGCCUGAAUAAUUCCCAGAAAAUCCGGGAAAUGAAUCAGACGAUGAAAUCAACACAACAAGAUGUCUUCGAAACCAAUCACCUUAUACGACAUUGCAACCAAGCUUCCUGACGCGCCGGGAUCUUCAACGACUUGGCGAACGAGGUACUCUCUGAACAUGAAGAAACUCCCGUACCAAACCAUUUACGUCGAGCUUCCCGACAUCGAAUCUCUCGCCAAACAGAUCGGUGCUGCUCCUACCCGCACCAAACCCGAUGGAGUCACGCCUUUGUACACGGUCCCCAUCAUCCAUGACCACGCCACAGGAGCCGUCGUAUCAGAGUCUGCCGCUAUCGCGGCGUAUCUAGACAAAACGUACCCGUCUGGACCUACGCUCGUCCCUACUGGUACGAUGCCGCUCCAGCUUGCAUUCCGUGAUGCAGUAACAGACCUCUUCGGUGGUUUCCGCGGGUUCAUGACUAAGGGCUUCAUGCAAAAUUUGAACGACAGGACGCUCGUGUAUUGGAAAUCCAGGUUGGAGGAGCAGGGAGUGAAUUUUGAAGCAUCGUUUAAUGGGGAUGAGGAGAAGGAGAAGGCGUGGGAGAAGGCUCUGGCGGGCUUUGCGAAACUUGAUAAGUGGUUCGAAGGGAAUGAGGGGCCGUUUGUUUUGGGAAACGAGCCGUGUUUUGCGGAUGCUGUUCUCGGAGCGUUUUUGAGGUCUGGUCGGAGUGCUUUUGGGAAAGACAGUAAGGAGUGGAAGGACAUUGCUAGCUGGAACGGAGGGAAGUGGGCGAAGUACUUGGAGAGCUUCGCACCCUACGAAACGAUUCUUUGACGAAGUUUGAAUAAUAUACGCGCUUUUCCUUAUCCUAAGUCCGUUUUCCAUUUGUGUGAUCUCAAAUCAAUCGAUGCAUGGUAAUCGAAUUGUUGUUCUGUGGUUCUAGCUCAUGUCUUGGCGUAAACUGCUAUCUGACAACUGACUCGCUGGAGAUAAAAGAGAGCGUUAAUGAUCUGGGCGAGCUGGCAUGAUGGGAGGUGGGGUAUAAGUUGAUGGG